AUGAAGCUGCGAGCCCCCGCCUUCGAAGCUGUCGAGAAGGCGGUGUUCAACUGGUUUUUAGAAAUCAGAGCAAGCGGCACUUCUGUGAGCGGGGCACUUCUGCAGCAGAAGGCAAGGAACUUUCGCGUGCAUCAUGGGCACGAUGAUUUUGUGGCGAGUGACGGCUGGCUGCAGCGCUUCAAGGAGCGCCACGACAUCGUCGGCAGGGCUGUCAGCGGGGAAUCGCUAUCUGUGGACCGCGAAGCUGCAGUGGCGUGGAUCAAGAAGAACAUUGGGCAGCUGCUCGAAAAAUACAGCCCCAGGGAUUUGUUCAACGCAGAUGAGACUGCCCUGUUCUAUCAGAUGUUGCCGCAAAAAACCUUGGCCCUCAAAGGUGACCGCUGCCAGGGCGGUAAACAGAGCAAGGUCCGUGUGACCGUGCUACUUUGUGCGAAUAUGGACGGGUCCGAAAAGGUGCCGGCCCUCGUGAUCGGCAAAAGUGCAUCACCACGAUGCUUCAAAGGAAAGCGGAAACUCCAAGUGAGUUAUGUGGCCAACCACAAGGCCUGGAUGACGAGAGAGAUCUUUGCACAAUGGCUGCGUGAGUGGGACGAGCGGCUGGGGCAAGCAGAACCGCAAGAUAUGCCUCGUCCUGGAUAA